AUGCUGCGCAAGCGACCUUGCGUGGCACCGAUCGAUGCCGCCCACCCCGCAGUCCUCGCCUCGAUUGCUCAGUGCUUGUCGUCGUCCAAAGACGUCGCAUCGCUCCUCCACGCACUGCCACCUGCUAAUCUGGAUGCGCCAUUGACAGCGCUCCGAACGCUCUUCACGACAACGUCCCAUGGUGUGGACGACUGCCUCUGGCCGCAAAUCUGCAUUGAACACGUUGACCGCCAAUACACAUCGACCGUUCUCGCCGCGCUACCAGUCUUUCGCUCGAUUCGUAUUGAGCAUUGCGACAGACUCGACGCCAAUUUGCGAGCUGCCAACCCUGACACCGAUGCUUCUUCGUUCAACCCGACGAUGGCACUGGCUGCCAAGUGGGGUCACAAGAUCACGUCGAUCUACAUACCAACGGUGCUGAACUGCCACACCAACGCUGAGCUCGCUAAACUUCUGAGUCUCUGCACGGGUCUCGACCACAUGCAUGUGAAAGUCGAGGAGCCGGAUCCUGCCUUCAUCGACGCAGUCGCCAGCGGGAUGCAGUAUGUCACGCGACUGGACCUCAUCGGGAUGGACGAAUUCGCGUUCUUGAGUGAAAGCUGGCUCCCGGUCCUGGAGGCGUGGCUCGCCUUGGGCAUUGCACAGCACCUCGGGCUCAAGUUUUUCGAAUCGGCCGACGACACUCGGCUGGCGCGGGCCAUCGCCGCCACCGCAUCGCUCACGAGCCUCGAGCUCAACGAUGCUGACAGCGUUGUGCAAAGCCUUUUGACUGCAUCGCUCUCGACUACUGCGACGUCACCGACAGUGGCCGAGGUGGACUCGUUUGACGUGCUUUUGGAGGCGCUCACCACGUGCUGUGGUGUCUCUCUCGAGGUCGUCGACGCCCGCUACAAGUGCAAGGAAGUUGCCUAUUUUGCGUCAACGCUGCAGCUACGACUCGGAGACUAUAUUGACAAUCAUGAGGUACACGUUUACAGCCCGUAA